AUGCCAUGCUUCAAGGGUCUCGCCGUGAGUAUACACACUCCGGAUGGCCCGAUUUCCGAGUAUUCCAUUCAACGCCAGUCUCGGGCCUCUCGCAUAGCUUGCUUCAUUCCCGUACCGCCUCCCAAACUCCCCGACUCCGCUACUGGCAAGCCCGAGCAAUCGACCUUUGCCAUUUCGAUCACGCUACUGAACCCCGGCCAAGAUGUACCCUACUCCGCCCCGAAGUCGACCCCCGAAAACCCCAUGCCCAAGCCCAAGAUUGUCGGAGGGUUACCGGGCCAAACGGAAGAGCGGGGACAAUACUCAAGUAUGGUUGCUCCGUAUCAGGCGCUGACCAACUCACCCAACGAGACGGUCGCUGCCUAUAUAUACUUUGACGGACGGCAGAAGGAGGAGGUGGCCACGCUCCUCCGAAGAGGAGAGGAGACUUGGGUCAACUCUCGAUGGGUCAGUGUUCCCGAUUCGGAGGGAGGAGGUCUGGCCGAGCGGGAGUUUCUAUUCCGUGAAGUCGGACUGGAGCGGUGGCUCAACGGACUAGACCUGGAGGGCAAAGACGCGGCCGCCAAAAUUGAGCGGCGGCGACAGAAGAUAGAGAAGCGCCGCUUGAAGCGACUGGCAGAACAGAAUGGUGAUCUGGAAAUGGAGUCCAAACGUGAGAAGGGGAUCAUGCGGUAUGGCAACGACGAUAAAUCCCCGCUUGAAGAUAUCUCCGAUGAGGACAUGUCCUUCUCCGAUUCCGACGACGACCCGAUUCCUGAGUCGGCGGGCCAGAUUAAAGUGGCCUUGUUUCGCGUUUUAGCCUCGGGCGAGAUUAAACGCGGAGAGUACUCGCCACAAUUUGACGCCCAUGACGACGACGACGAAGGCCAGGGCGGACAAACCAGUAAUGGCGGGGCCGACGCGGAAAUCGACCACACUACUAGCUUUGCUAAACCAAAGUCGCUUGACCCCAAAUCGAUCAGUACGCAGACGGUGACGGGGAUUGACCCGUCGGACAAGCCCUACGCGAUUUUCACCUUUAUGUAUCGAGGUGAACGACAACUACAGAAAAUGAAGAUCAUAAAGGAUCCCAAAGCCCAGGAGACACCCGGCUCAGCGAAGCGCAGAUCCCUACAGCCGGACUUUGCCAACCUCGGGCCUUUGAAGCCCGGCGGGACAGUCGGCUUCCUGAACUUCCGGGAUAGCACAGAGAACAAAGGCAAAAAGGGCAAGAAAGGAGCUGCCGACGACGAGAUGGACAGUGACGAUGACGACGACGAUUCGAUACUGGGUAAAGCCGACGAUGAAGAGGCCAAGGACCAGGACCGACCGCUGUCCCCUGACGACCUCAGGCGUCAGGGUGAACUCGCCGAGGGCGUUCGCCAAAUUAAGUUGAAACGCCAGCACUCGUCGGCGUCGCUUGGAGUCAACACCCCCAAGAGCGACGCGGCUAGUCCCCAGCCCUCCGGAGAAACGCCGUCUAACGUCUCGACAACGCCCCCGACGGCUUCGGCAGCAGCCCCCAGUGCGACCCUUGAAGCUCCUAAGCCCACGGUCAACACGUUGGAAGGUGGAUUCGUUGGGAGCCCCUUGAAGAAGCAGCGAGCCAGUGUCUCGCAAGCGGACGAACAUGCCAUGCGCCGACGCAUCGAGUCCGGGCUUUCCCAACAGGUUAGCGGCGUCCUCGACAGUGCCGGAACCGAGAAUCCGCCUGCUCCUGGAACCGAUGCUAAAGCUUUUGGAGAGAGCCUCCAACCACCUCAACCAACGAAGCAACAUGACGAGGAGGAGGAGGAGCUGUGA